UUUGAAUCUGAAAAUAUCGUCUUAGACGGGAAGACCGUCUUAGCCUUACGAGAGAGCAACGACGAGAGAGAGGUGAGGAUCCGCAGCUUAUUCGAUUUCUUCGACAACUCCACUCUCGGCUUCUUAGACUACGCCCAGAUCGAAAAGGGCCUCGCUUCCCUCCAGAUCCCUCCCGAGUACAAGUACGCCAGAGACCUCUUCAGAGUCUGCGACGCCAACAGAGACGGCCGCGUCGAUUACCACGAGUUCCGCCGCUACAUCGACGCCAAGGAGCUCGAGCUUUACAGAAUCUUCCAAGCCAUCGACGUCGCUCACCACGGCUGCAUUUUGCCCGAGGAGCUCUGGGAGGCCCUCGUCAAAGCCGGCAUUGAGAUGGACGACGAGGAGCUCGCGCGCUUCGUGGAGCAUGUUGAUAAGGACAACAACGGAACGAUAACGUUCGAGGAGUGGAGGGACUUUCUUUUACUAUACCCUCACGAAGCCACCAUUGAGAACAUAUACCAUCACUGGGAGAGAGUGUGCUUGAUAGACAUUGGGGAGGUAGCUGUUAUCCCGGACGGUAUAAGCCAACACGUCAAAGGAAGCAGAUUACUUCUCGCCGGAGGACUAGCCGGAGCCGUUUCCAGAACCGCGACCGCGCCUCUGGACCGCCUCAAAGUCGUUCUGCAGGUCCAGAGGGGGCACGCGGGUGUCCUCCCGACCGUUAGGAAGAUAUGGAGGGAAGAUAAGUUAACAGGUUUCUUCAGAGGCAAUGGUUUAAACGUCAUGAAGGUAACUCCCGAGAGCGCCAUUAAGUUCUGCGCUUACGAGAUGCUGAAGCCUUUGAUUGGGGGAGAGGGAGGAGGAGAUGUUGGGACGAGCGGGAGGCUUUUGGCCGGGGGAAUGGCUGGCGCGGUGGCUCAGACCGCGAUUUACCCGAUGGAUUUGGUGAAGACGAGGCUGCAGACUUGUGUGAGUGAAGGUGGGAAGGCGCCGAAGCUGUGGAAGCUCACUAAGGAUAUAUGGGUGAGAGAGGGCCCCAGGGCGUUCUACAAGGGUCUCUUUCCUUCUCUUCUUGGGAUUGUACCUUAUGCGGGCAUCGACUUAGCUGCUUAUGAAACGUUAAAGGACUUGUCUAGGACGUACAUUCUUCAUGACACCGAGCCGGGUCCGUUGAUACAGCUGAGCUGUGGGAUGACAUCAGGAGCUCUUGGUGCAUCGUGCGUUUACCCAAACGAGUUUGAUUUAUUUCUGUUUGUUAGAAUGCAAGCGGAUAGUUCAGAGACGACGAUGAAGCAAGAGUUUAUGAAAACGAUGAGAGGGGAAGGUGUGAGAGGAUUCUACAGAGGACUUUUACCGAAUCUUCUCAAAGUGGUUCCAGUGGCUAGCAUUACGUAUAUUGUUUAUGAAGCUAUGAAGAAAAAUAUGGCUCUUGAUUAAAAAGCCAAAUACGAAAAAAAUUCUCGGAGUUAGUCAUUCUUUUUUGUUGUUCGCAAAAGAUCUUUUUGUUCUUGAGGUUUAUUUAGAGCAUGAUUAUCGCAAAAGUUAGUUUAAGAGUUU